ACAUUCGAUUUUCAAACGUGUAACGACUCUAGUGCGAGGAGGGUGCCAGUACUUACGUGUGUUAUAUUUUAUCCUAUUUAACAGUGUUUUGUGUUGCAAUGGCUGUACUUGUAUCAAGACUUGGGUUCCGAAUGGGCAUUUCAAAUUUGGAACGAGCUGCUGCUGUUUUAACCACAAGUGCAUCUAGUCGUAGCAAGCCACUUCACACUCAAGCCACCUGCAAUGGAACGGUGUGCUACUUACAAACAUUCCAAGACGCGAAGGAUCUUGAUGCUGAGCGUAUAAGAGGUCUUCGGAGCUACAGCAAGCAAUAUGGCAGACCAGAAGAGGAUAGAAGGAAACAGGACAACGAUAGCGACUCAGACUCCGAUACUGAGAGCAAGGGGUUCGAGAGGUCAGAAUUUUGGCGCCGCAAGAUGCGUACAGUUCACAACAUUCUAGACGUAGACAAAGACGGACUCAUCUCAUGCAAUGAUUUCCUUCUCUUUUCCGAGCGAUUCAAGUCGCUCGGUAACUUGGAUGAUAAGCAGGCGAAGGAAUUCACACAUAUUAUCAAGUUGACGUGGGAGGAGCAAUGGGGAGCAAUAGACCCUUACAACUAUGUGACGGUGGAGCAGUAUUUAGAAGAUAUGCAUCACGUCCUCAAUGACAAAACGCUCAAGAAGCGCGCACAUCGGUGGUUGCCCUAUCUUUUUAAGGCCGUCGAUAAGGACCAAUCUGGGUACAUAUCUGUACACGAGUUCAAAUUGUUCUUCCAAUGUCUUGGUCUGAGCAAUGAACACGCGGCCGUCGCCUUCGCUGUCAUCGAUACGAAUGGGGAUGGAAAGCUGUCACUUAAAGAAUUUGUGAAUCUUGGAAAAGACUUCUUUUAUACUGACGACGAAAGUCGUGUCUCAAAAAUGUUUUGGGGGCCUUUGAUCGAUGCUUAAGUU